AUGAGCUACGAAGGGUACCAUAAGGAUAUGGACCAACAACAACAGGCGCAGGCUCGCUACUACAGCCUGCCGCUCGUGCUCCAGCAGCCAUCUUACCAACAGGGCGGCCAACAAUACUAUGGUGUCCAGCAGGCUCAGGCGCCCAGUCAACAACAAAUGUAUCCGCCUCAUAUGUUCAGAGGCCAGCAAUCUCAACAACCUCAGCUGCUGGUUCAGACGACGCCUCAGCAAUACUCGCAAUUGAACGGGAACUACUACGAUCAACAACAACAGCAGUAUUUGUACCAGCAAAAUCAUCAGGCUCAACAGGCGCAACAAACACAAAUGGCUCAAGCUCAAGCUCAUGCUCAGGCGCAAGCACAAGCGCAGGCUCAGGCUCAGGCGCAGGCUCAAGCUCAGGCUCAAGCGCAAGCCCAGGCUCAGGCCCAAGCUCAGGCUCAAGCUCAAGCGCAAGCACAAGCUCAGGCUCAGGCGCAAGCCCAGGCGCAAGCGCAAGCUCAAGCGCAAGCCCAGGCGCAAGCCCAGGCUCAGGCUCAGGCUCAAGCGCAGGCUCAAGCGCAAGCGACGCAAGCACAAACAGCUCAAACCCAAGCACAACAACCACAGACUCAUCCUCAACAACCCGCAGUCACGUCGCCAAGCUCGGGUUAUCAGCAUAGUCUGUAUCAGCUGUAUCAUCAAGCGCAGGCGGCGCAAGCUGCUCAAGCUGCCCAAGCUGCUCAGGCAGCGAUGUACUACAACCAUCCUCCUCACAUGGCGCCCCAUCUUCAGCACUUGUCUCAGCAGUAUCCUCCUCACUUAGUACAGCAAAAUCUGCAAUUGCCUCAACCAAGCCAGCAGCAAUCUCAACAACCUCAAGCAACGCAACAAGGAACCCCACAAUCCACCCAGCCUCAUUUGCACCAGGCUGCCCAUCACCAACUGCAAACUCCACUGCAACAACAGCCACCAGCGUCUCAAUCGACAACCGCACAACUGCAAGCACAACAACCACAGCAACAACAACAACAACCGCCGCCCCCACCGCAAGCUCAGCCGCAUCAAAAGGCAUCGUCUCCCCAACAACAAGCUGCGCUUCAACCUGCUUCCACUCAACAGACACCUCCGUCGACUGCUUCGCAGCCGCCUGUGGCGGCUCAAAACGUGCCGGCAACUACUCUGGCGCAGACACAUGCUACACCGGCGACUGCUGCGGCGGCAAGUCCGCCAGCGCCUUCGACAACCGUUGGAUCAUCCCAGCUCUUUGCCAAUUUUCCAGAACGUCUUCAAGCAAUUUUGCCACAUCCUCCGUUAGCAAGAGCGCCCCAGCGCCCUGAUGUCAACGCGGGUAUGGCACAAAAGCGUGCCAAGCGUAAAUCGAAAUUCUCCAAACGACAAGACGAGUUAAUUGUGUCGCUUAAAAAGAAAGGGAAGCUGUGGGUCGAAAUUGCGGAAAUUUCAGGAGUGGGUCUGUAUCUCGCCGCACGUAAUCGUUAUCAGGUUAUCGUUGGACAACAAGGUAACAACAAUCUGCUGAGUUGGACGGUCCAAGACAAGUUGAACUUGCAGAACUUGCUAGACGCCGGAGAGUUGGAGAAAUGGAGGUUCAUUUCUAUGGAGCUUAACAAAGCUACUUCGAAAAAUUUUACAGAUGUCGAAUGCCGGGAGCUUAUACGGAUGAUGUUUUGGCUGCAACCUGGUCUGUUUAACGUCACUGAGGAGACGAUAAACGAGUGUAUUAAAGAGAAGAAGGUGACGGAGAAGGCAGUCGAACAUAUGGGUCAGAAAAAGAAACAAGUGGGGUCGUCAUCCAUUUCGAGCAAUGACAACUCUAACCCUGUCAAACUGGAGCCUGCAGAGUCUAAUCAAACACAGUCUUCGCAACUGCAAGUUCUGCAACCCCCCAUCGCCCAGCAAGUUCCGCAAAUACUCCAUCAGUCUCCCCUGCUUGCACCUCAUCAAUUGCCUUCUCAUCACGUCCAGCACCAGCAGGCUCCUACUACAGCUCAACCUCUGCAACAGCACCAAUCUUAUUACCAACAACAAUUGCACCAACCAGUGCAACAAUCCCUGCACCAUCUCCAACAACAACAACAACAACAACAACAACAACAGCAGCAGCAACAACAGCAGCAGCAGCAACAACAACAGCCACAGCAGCAGCCGCACCAUCAUCAACAGCAACAUCAACAGCAACAGGCAUUGCAUUAUCAACAGCGUAUGCCCCAAAUGCCGUACUACAAUAAGCCCUACUACUAG